CCGCAUUUCUCCACUUCCCCCUCAGGGGGAGACCCACCUUUAAUCACGGCUCCCUCAAAUUAUCUUUCUCUCUUUGCCCCCCCUCUCCUGCUCUCUCUCUCUCCCCUUCCCUCCCGAUGUGAUUUACGCGCAGCAGCGCGAUAAUUGCGGGGCACCGGAGAGCCCCCGCUCCACGCGGACACCGCCACAGUACAAAGAUGGCGUCGGAGGGAGCCACCCGAGAGCAGCCUCCUCCGCUCCAGACUCUGGGCACCGCCGUGCUGGGGAGCGUCGACACGAAAUGUGAGUUCAACAUGGAUAACCUGAGCAAGCCGGAGCUGCUCACCCUGCUCAGUAUCAUGGAGGGAGAGCUGGAGGCCCGCGACCUGUUCAUCGUGGCCCUGAAGGCUCAAAGGAAGGAGGUGUUCCCGCAGGACCGGUACGGUCACCACAGCCUCACCGACCCCUUCAUGGCCCUCCAGAGGGACUUUGAGUGCGGGCCCCCCGGAGGAGACAAUGAGCGCCGUCCCCUCGGCUCCAGCCCCAUCUCCGUCCUGGAGGCCGUCAUGGGCCACUGCAGGAAGAUGCAAAAGCGCAUGUCGGCCCAGUUGGCCGCGGCCGAGAGCCGCCAGAAGAGGCUGGAGAUGGAGAAGCUGCUGCUCCAGAGUCUGGAGCAAGAGCACCGCAAGCUGUCGGCGCAGCUGAAGGACGAGCGCGAGGAGAACAAGCACAUCGUCAUGAUGCUGGUGCGCGAGUGCAAGCAGCUCGCCACGCGUGUAGUGGAGGAGUCGCAGCGCUUCGACGAGCUCCAGGCCCGCCUGAACGAGGAGGGUCGCUCCUCUGGCCGCCUGCAGGAGGAGCUGGGCGUCGAGCGAAAGCGCGGCCAGCAGAUGGAGGCCAAGAUGGAGAAGCAGCUGUCGGAGUUCGACACGGAGCGGGAGCAGCUGCGCGCCAGGCUGGGCCAUGACAAGGCCGAGAGACAGAGUCUGCGGCAGCAGGUGGAGCAGCUCAUGACUGAACGGCCCGACGGGAAGGACGGGGCCCUCACUGCUGCCCAGCCAGCCGCCGCAGCUGAACCUUCCGCCCCUCCCACCAGCCCGGCACCCAAACCCCAAAUUGUGACGUCUCUUUCUAUUGCCAUGGAGCCCAUUAGUUCUCGAACAGCGUCCAGCCAAACGGACCUGCCCCCUGCCGAGGUGGAGGGUCCCAAGAAGAACCGCCUCGCCGUUCCCGUCAAACCGACGGCCACCAACUAUGUAGGCCUGAGUCUGCCGAAGACUGGCGGCCGGGGGAUCGUCCACAGCAACUCGGGGGGACUAGUGCAGACGGAGAGCGGCACCGAGGGCCAAGCCACGCACGGCCUGCCCACCGGGGUCAGCCCCCGUGUCCAGGCGGCCCGCUACAAGUUCCAGGAACAGGACCAAAACGACGGCGUCCCAGACCCCCCGGCCCGUGACCUCUCCCCAACGCCCACCAACAGGGAGAACUUCGCCGCCAAGCAGCAAGCGCGCCACACCGUCACGCAGGUCCUCUCGCGCUUCACCUGCCCACCGGCGGGAGGUGGUGGAGUGCUGCGUCUGGGCCUGCCCCACUCCACCUCGGAGGGCGGGCCUUUCCCCGGCCGCCUCAGCCAUCCCAUCAGCAUCAAGUCGCCCACGGUGGCCAGGAUCGGCCGAGGAAACCCACCCCCCAUCCCUCCCAAAAAGCCGGGGCUCUCCCAGACCCCAUCACCUUCCCAUCCGCCCAUGAAGGGAUUGGGGAACAGCGGGCGCUCCGUGGGGGGCGGGCUCAGACCGGCCACGCCCCAGCUGCCGCCCAAACCCGCCAUGGACCUGGUCCCAGCCCUGACGGCCUCUCAGGCUGGUGUCCCUCCGUAGUCUCCUCUCUAAGCGGCGGAGGGCCUGCUGCCCUGGACGGCGGGCGCUCCCUGCUGCCCCAAGCUGCUUCCCAGGGAAAUGUCACUUUAUUGUUAAUGCUGCUUAACCAA